GCAAUACUGUGUCGUGAAGGAUGUAGAGUGCGCAUGCGAACACGGAACUUGCCUGUAGGACGCAAGGGCCAGCCGUAGGGAGUUUAGUAGAGUUUGGCUGGACACUCUAUUAUAGCUCGCGGAGAGGGUAGCUGGGUGCGGCCAUGGGGAAGCUGAACGUCGCUUUGUUGCGGUACCUUUCCCGAGACUACUUUCGGGUACUGACUGCGGUGGAAAUGGGCAUGAAGAACCAUGAAAUAGUUCCUCCUAGCUUGAUUGCCUCCAUUGCCAGUUUAAAACAUGGAGGGUGUAACAAAAUUCUGCGAGAAUUAGCAAAGCACAAACUCUUGGCUUAUGAACAAAUUAAAACGGUCCAAGGUUAUCGAUUAACUAAUGGAGGAUAUGAUUACCUUGCCUUGAAAACUCUUUCUUCUCGUCAAGUUAUCUUUUCUGUUGGAAACCAGAUGGGUGUUGGCAAAGAAUCAGAUAUUUAUAUUGUUGCAAAUGAAGAAGAGGAACAGUUUGCACUGAAGUUGCAUAGGCUUGGGAGGACAUCGUUUCGGAACUUAAAAAACAAACGGGACUACCAUAAGCACAGGCACAAGAUGUCAUGGCUCUACCUGUCACGUCUUGCUGCAAUGAAAGAAUUUGCUUAUAUGAAGGCCUUACAUGAUAGAAAAUUUCCUGUUCCAAAACCCUGUGACUACAAUAGACAUGCAGUAGUGAUGGAACUUGUCACCGGCUAUCCUUUGUGUCAAGUGCAUCAUCUUGAAGAUCCUGCCUCGCUGUACAAUGAGUUAAUGGAAUUAAUUGUAAAACUUGCAAACUAUGGCUUGAUUCAUGGCGACUUCAAUGAGUUCAAUCUCAUGCUAGAUAAUGAGGAUCAUAUCACGAUGAUUGAUUUUCCACAGAUGGUGUCAACCUCUCACCCAAAUGCUGAAUGGUACUUUGACAGAGACGUGAAAUGUAUUCGUGAUUUCUUUAUGAAACGCUUCAGUUAUGAAAGUGAACUCUACCCAACUUUCAAGGAUAUCAGGAAGGAAUGUUCUCUUGAUGUAGAAAUUGCAGCCAGUGGUUACACUAAAGAUAUGCAGGAAGAUGAUGCACUGCUUUACCCAGCUGGUCUUGAUGAUGAGGGCCAUAAAGCUGAGCUUUCUUCACCUGAACAUCAUGCUGAAGGGAGAAGGAAAUUAUGCAGUGCAACAGAUCAAGAGAUGGAAAGAGACUUCUCAAAUGAAGUUGAAGAUGCCUCUGAAGAGUUGGAGCAGACCUAUGAAGAAGACAGUGCUGAUGAAAGUGAGCAAAGUUUAGAUUUGAAGGAUCUUUGCUCUGCCUUACAACCAGUUGAAGGACAAAUUAUUGCUGCAAGAGACGGUACUAAAGCUGUGAGCUCUGUAAUUGAUUUUUCAGAGGAUGAAAAGAAAAUGGAAAAAUCCACCAAAAUUGAAGAUCAGACAGGUCAAGGAGAAGAUCCUGCUGACAAAGAGAAUGAAGAUGAAUGCCCUGAUCUGAUUGACUUGUCAACAUUAAACAGAGAAUUCAGGCCUUUCAGGGAUAAUGAGAGCAUGUUUCACAUCAGUGACCACAGAACAAGAACUAUGAGCAUCGCUUCAGUUGGCAGUGCUGGCAGUCGGUCAACUAUUCCUCCAGAACUGGUAAAGCAGAAGAUAAAACAUCAGUUGACUAAACAGCAAAAAGCUGCUCUCAGACGGCGACUGCAGAAAGGAGAAGCAAAUGUUUAUACCAAACAGCACCGGGAACACAUGCAAAAUAUUAAGUCUAGUGUGGAUGCUGCUAGCUUCUGGGGCUGACUUUCUUUAGAAAUAUUUUUCUAUCUUGCUUUGCGUCAUGCAAGUCAAUGAAAGAGGUGGUUCUUUGACUCAA